UAAACGUGGCGGGACGUGUGUGUCAUGGCGCGCUCCAUGUAAAGUCCGUAGUUUCCGCAGAGUGUUGAUUUGCUUCUCGUUUGGGGUGCUUGUUAAUUCCUGACUGCAAGAUGCCAUCUGCAUCCUGUGAUGCUCUGCUGGAUGACAUAGAAGACAUUGUGUCACAGGAGGAUUCAAAGCCAAAAGACAGGCAUUUUUCAAGAAAGCACGUUGUUCCAAAGGUACGAAGGCGAAAUGCCCAACAAUACUUGGAAGAGGAAAAUAGUCCACCAAGUGAUAGCACUAUUCCAGGCAUACAGAAAAUUUGGAUACGGACUUGGGGAUGUUCUCACAAUAAUUCAGAUGGGGAAUAUAUGGCUGGACAGCUAGCUGCUUAUGGCUAUAAAAUUACAGAAAAUGCUUUGGAUGCAGAUCUAUGGCUCCUGAACAGUUGUACUGUAAAAAACCCAGCUGAAGACCAUUUUAGAAAUUCAAUUAAGAAGGCUCAGGAGGAGAACAAGAAGGUGGUGCUGGCUGGCUGCGUUCCGCAAGCCCAGCCCCGCCAGGACUACCUGAAAGGACUGAGCGUCAUUGGGGUUCAACAGAUAGAUCGCGUGGUGGAAGUUGUGGAGGAAACCAUCAAAGGUCACUCCGUGCGACUGCUGGGUCAGAAAAAGGAAAAUGGAAGGCGGCUGGGGGGAGCACGACUGGAUUUGCCGAAGAUUAGGAAGAAUCCACUGAUAGAAAUCAUUUCCAUCAAUACUGGGUGUCUCAACGCUUGUACCUACUGCAAAACUAAACAUGCCAGAGGAAAUUUGGCCAGUUAUCCGAUUGAUGAACUUGUAGAUAGAGCCAAACAGUCUUUUCAAGAGGGCGUCUGUGAGAUAUGGCUGACCAGCGAGGACACAGGGGCCUACGGCAGAGAUAUUGGCACUGAUCUCCCCACGCUGCUGUGGAAGCUUGUUGACGUGAUUCCUGAGGGAGCAAUGCUGAGGCUUGGCAUGACAAACCCGCCCUAUAUUUUAGAGCAUCUGCAGGAGAUGGCAAAAAUCCUCAAUCACCCCAGAGUCUAUGCUUUCCUGCACAUCCCGGUCCAGUCGGCCUCCGACAGCGUGCUCAUGGCCAUGAAGAGAGAGUACUGCGUGGCCGAUUUCAAAAGCGUCGUGGAUUUUCUGAAAGAGAAAGUUCCUGGAAUAACUAUUGCCACAGAUAUUAUCUGUGGUUUUCCUGGAGAAACAGAUCAGGAUUUUCAAGAAACAGUGAAACUUGUUGAAGAGUACAAAUUUCCAAGCCUCUUUAUUAACCAGUUUUACCCAAGACCAGGAACCCCUGCUGCAAAAAUGGAGCAGGUUCCAGCACACAUGAAAAAGCAAAGAACAAAAGAUCUUUCUCAGGUAUUUCAUUCCUACAAUCCAUAUGAUCACAAGAUCGGCGAGAGACAACAAGUGUUAGUAACAGAAGAAUCGUUUGACUCCAAGUUUUAUGUUGCACACAAUCGAUUCUAUGAGCAGGUUUUAGUGCCAAAGAACCCCGCAUUCAUGGGGAAAAUGGUUGAAGUGGACAUUUAUGAAUCAGGGAAACAUUUUAUGAAAGGACAACCAGUGUCAGACGCCAAAGUGUACACGCCGUCCAUCAGCAAACCGUUAGCAAAGGGGGAAGUCUCGGGCUUGACAGAGGAACUCAGAAACAAGCUUGGGCACCACCUGAGUCCAACAUCCCGUGGCUCGGCGAGUUCCAGGACAACGCGGCCCACGCCAAGCCUGCAUCAGGACUGCGCCCUGAGGGUUGCUGUGGGCCUCGCUCUGCUGGCAUUUCUUGCUGCUUUUUUAGUGAGAGUCUGUAAUUAGAAAACAACCGAAGGAAGUGUCCGUGAAGAAGAAUAAAUCCCUAAUUAAAUCUGCAACGACCAGGAAGGCAUCCACAUCACUUCUCCAGGGGCAAUCAUUUGUGCUGUCCCCGCUGCCUCCUCUCCAGCCUACAACUUAAUGAGGCUCACCCUGGCUCACAUUGAGGAGAGCCCAUUGGUUAUUUGACCUGAAACCUAAUCGCAGCUGCCAUAGCAUAUUUUUCAAAUUAAACUCCUUUUGGUUUGUUUUUAGCAAGAAAUAUGAGUGGUGGCAUUUUAAAAAAGAAAUCUAAGUCGCAGCCUAAUUGUACAAGGACUCUGGUCAUCUUUUCCUUAUGUGGGAGAAUUUUUAACCUCUCACCAACAUUUGUAAGUGCAUCUUGCCCAUGCAUUGUCUGGAGUCCUAAUGCUGCAAACAUCUUAUUUUUUCACAGCAGAUGUAUUCCCAAAAAUUUUUAUAGACAACCUAUUUUUGGAACUCAAAUCCUUUUUGGAAUGCACCAAGAAAAAGCUGCCAAUUAAAGGAGUCUUGGCAACACUUUGUGACACGUGAGCCAUCACCCACCUCCAUAGCAUCUACAAACUCCAAAAAACUGGAUCUGUCGAAAACAAACCGUGCGCCUUUUGUGACUUUUCUUUCCGCCCGACCCCGCUGGACUUUACUAAGUGGAGCGAGUUCCCGCGCAAUAAAAGGCAUCCGUGUAAUAAGCAAAGGCAGUCUUCAUCCGAAUUUCAGUUAUCCGGUGUUCAUCUUUAAACUCAUACCCCACUUACUUGCCUUUUAUGGAAUCCAUAUAUUAAAAUUUAAAUAAGUCAGCUGGUGAAUUUAAAUACACACACACACACUUAUGUAUAUUUAGCCCUUGCUACAUUUCUCCUGAGCCCAGUUUGUGCUGGGAGGGGAACUCACAUUGAUAAUGAAAAGAUCAAGUCCAACAUCCACUCCAGAGCCCCCUCACUUCUCUGUGGGAGUCAGGGCAGGGGUGGCACAAGAUGCUUCCAUUCUUGAGCCGUAUGUGGAUCAUUUCUUUGCGGAUAACGGAGCGAGUACCAAGGUGGCUCAUUUAACAAAAACCUUGUGGAGGGAAAAAUAUCAUGCAAAGCCUGGAGUCAAACUGUAUGGGACACAAGAAACUUUCCACACCAGUAACCGAAAGAGCAAAUUCUCCACCAUUUCCCUCUCAUCCCCUCCAGUCCUGUGCUCUCCACCUCUCCCCUCCCCCAUCUGACAGCUACUGCCAUGCUCUUGCCUGGGUGUGGGCCUUCAAGUAUUGUUCCAGCUGUGCAGGCUCCACCCCCCAUCAGCACCUGCCCCUGUGAGGGGGCAACUCCCCUUUGGCUCUGUGGUCCAGACAGGGAGCAGAGCCGCUGCCUUGCAGCCGGGACUGGGUCACACAUGAUCCCAGUCACCAUUCCAGUGACCCUGGGGUGGCAGUAAGGGUCUGGAAACCCAGCUGUUGCUUUUCUGUGCCCUUCAGCUACAGAGGAAGAGGGGAGCGUGGGGGUAGGUGUAAGAUACACAGUUUUUCUGCACACAGGACUCUGAACCAGAUCAAGCCUGGGGCUGAUCCCGCAGCUGCAUUCCCAACCCUUUGAAGUCAGGCACACACCCAUGUGGCUUGCGUAAGCCAGUGCAGUGUGAAAUGGAAGGGGUAUGUCUUCCCGUGAGACAGGCAGAGUCUGCAUUACAGCCCACCAUGUGCUUGUCUCACUGGUGUGGUCACGGACCCACGUGUUGGAGUGAAGCCUCCCUCAGCAUGCACCAGUGAGCAGGCAAUGUGCUGUUCUUGUGUGGAACCACUGGACCUGGGCGUUGUGCCAUGGCAUGGCUCAGCUCACAACCUGCAGGUCAAGUGUCCUGCCAUCGGUGUAAAUGCACCUGUACCUCCUGUUUGCUUUCCACGUUUUCCCCUAGAAACAACAUCGGUUUUUAUCCUGUGCCCCUCUGUCCCUGCUAAGAGGGAAAACCAUGAAGAGAUCUCUCUGUGCUUUGGCCAAUUUGUUGCCUAACAUCCUUAUGAAAAUCUACAGAAAUCACAGGGAUUCUUCCAAAAGUGAACACACAUUGGAGCCAGCCCCGGGAGGCUCCUCACACCUGCUUCCAGCUACUCAGCCUGCCCCCUCAAAGCUAACCACCACCUUGUCUCUGACACUGUAAGAUUCGAUUGCCUGUGUAUGAACUUGAUAUAAAUGGAGUCACACAGUAUCACUAUUUUGUGUCUACCUCCUUUUGUUCAAUGCUGAUUGUGAGGUAUAUCUAAGUGGCUGUGUGCAGCAUUGACUCCUUCAAGUUCAUUGCUGAGUAGUAUCCCAUUGUAUGCAUAUGAGUGUAUCACAUUGUAUCCUUUCUACGUUUGUUUCCAGUUUGCUUGCUAUUAUGAAACAUAGCUAUAAGCAUGUUUUGGUACACAUAUGGAAGUGUUCAUGAAGUGGCUAUAAGCUUAGGGCUGGAAUUGCUGGGUCAUUGUAUUUGCAGAUUUCAGCUCCAGUGGACACAGCUGAACAGUUUUCUGUAGUGGUUGUACCAACUUGCAUGCCCACCAGCAAGUUAACUUGAACUCUGAAGAUCUUCCCUACUAUUUUUUUUCCUUUGUAUCUUUCAUACUUUUCUACAGACCUCUCUCUCCCACUUCCAUGGGGCAAUCCCAUUUUUAUAACAAUAAUAUUGAUAACCAUGAGCUGCGUAGCCUUUAAAUGUGCUAGAUGAUAUGAUAUGCACUAAUUAACAGCUGUUAAUUAGUCCCAAAGACACAUUGUGAUAGGCAUUAUUGAUAAUGAAGAACUGCUAACCCUCAAAAGAUGAAGUAAUUUAUGCAAGCAACACAGACCCACUAAGUUAUAGAGGCGGGACUUAAGACACAGCCCAAUUCCAAACCUUGUAAUCAUCUACUAAAAAAUCUUCCUGCUCCCUUGUCCUGUGUUUGACCUAAACUUGCCCUGCGCCAGUAGAUACAAGGGUACUUCAUAAACUUUAUGGAGAAAAAAUGGCAUUAAAUAACAGUUGUAGUGGUGGAGUAAGGAGUCUGAGUGAGAUAUUCCAGUGAUUAUCACCCCACACAAACAGUAGUUUGAACAGCUAUUAAUGCACCAAGCCACCUUCACAAGAGCUAAGGACGCCACGUGAGAGACCAGAAUGCCUGGUUUCCGUAUAAGAAAAGAUACAUUGACAAGGGCAGGAAGGAGAGAGAUGCCUGCCUCAGCCCUCCUCCAGCUCCAAGUGCAGCUCAGAGACACCUCGUUUCUCACUAGGGGAAAGGAGAUGGAAUGAGGUCCAGGCCUUAACCUGGAAACUCAGUGCUGGACAGGACCCCAUGGUCUCUGCUCCCAAAUCAGUGCCUACAGACAGCCUUGUGGACCCUGCACAGUCAGGUGGCUACAUGAAUGAGUGCACCACGCCUACCCCAGUCUAAGGGGCAAGACUCCAGCCAAUACUUGGGCUCAGGGCUUUCCCUUGAAACUCAAUGCCGGCCGGCACCACGGCUCAAUAGGCUAAUCCUCCGCCUGCGGCGCUGGCACCCUGGGUUCUAGUUCCAGUCGGGGCACUGGAUUCUGUCCCGGUUGCUCCUCUUCCAGUCCAGCUCUCUGCUGUGGCCCGGGAGUGCAAUGGAGGAUGGCCCAGGUCCUUGGGCCCUGCACCCACAUGGGAGACCAGGAGGAAGCACUUGGCUCCUGGCUUUGGAUCGGUGCAACGCCGGCCACAGCGGCCACUUGGGGGGUGAACCAACGGCAAAGGAAGACCUUUCUGUCUUUCUCUCUCUCACUGUCCACUCUGCCUGCCAAAAAAAAAAAAAAAAAAAGAAAAAGAAAAGAAAAGAAACUCUAUGCCAGUCCCACAGUGUUGAGACACAGCACCAGAUAGAGCUCAGCGGUGCUUCUUCCCCUUACUCACAGCCAGCCUAUAGACCCAUCCCAGGAUCAGGUGCAGACCUGUGCUCAAGUUUUGACAUUCUGUGGGCUACAGGUACAAUGUAGCAUUGCAGCGUUGGACACCACAAGACUGGGCAAUGCAGUCUUCCCCAAGCCUCAGGCAGCACAACACACAGAGAAUUCUUGGUCAAGGAAAAGGCAGAGAAAGAAAGCAUUGUAUGAAAUCCUAAGACUUGUGCUGUGGUGAUCCAUGCAGGACGUGCAAUCCACGUCACAUCCCUCCACCAGGGGACAUGUACAACUGCCCUGGAACUAUGGAUCUGUGCUCUUAUGAACUCAGUAACCACCAACUAAGGGCCAGCACCCCCACAGCUCUGGCCCCACCCCACUGAGUGCUGCCGAGACCCGUGCGGGACUGAGAGGAGUAUCCCAUAACCCCCUGUGGCUGCCUUCAAUUUUAGUGGAGGAAGUUAAGGGAGAUUGCAACACGGCAUCCAACUGGAACUAAAAUAUAGAACAUGAAACAGACAUCCAAAGACACCUUGCAGGAAAAAGCCUCCCUCCACGAAUGCCACUCUGUAAAAGGGACAGAAACAACCGCUCUGCCAGAUGCACCCAUGUCAGCAUUUGAACACAGGAGUAAGAAAAAGCAAGGUGGCAUGAUGCCUCCCAAGGAACACAAUGUUUUACCAAUGGACUCCAACGAAAUGGAGAUUGACAAGAUGCCCGAUAAAGAAUUCAGAAGAAUGGCUGUAAGAAUGCUCAAGAGAUACACGAGUAUUCAGACAGACAACUGAAUGACAGGAAAACUGUGUGAUGUAAAUGAGAAACUCAAAGAGACAGAGACCUAGAAAAAGAAUGAAAAAACACCGUGAGACAAAUUUAACCAAGGAUGUGAAAGACUUGUACAAUGGAAAUUACAAAACACUAAUGAAAGAAAUUGAUGAUAAAAAAAUGGAAAGACAUUCCAUGUGCAUUGUUUAGAAAACAUUAAAAUGUCCAUAAUUCCCAAAGAAUAUACAGAUUAAAUAAUCCCAUCAAAAUUAGACAUUAUUCACAGAAACAAAACAAUCCUAAAAUUCAUUGAGAAACCCCAAAUAACCAAUGUAAUCAUGAACAAAAAGAACAAAGAUUGGGGCUGGCACUGUGGCCUGGCCAGUAAAGCUGCCACUUGCAAUGCCAGCGUCCCAUUUGGGCACUCAUUUAAGUCCCAGCUACUCCAUUUCUGAUCCAGCUCCCUGCUAAUAUGCCUGGUAAAGCAGCAGAACAUGGCCUAAGUCCUUUGGCCACUUGGGGGACCUGGAAGGAGCUCCCGGUUUUAAUCUGGCCCAGUCCUAGUUAUUGUGGCCAUUUGGGGAAUGAACCAGCAGAUAGAAGAUAGCUUGCUCUAUCUCUCCCUACCUCCUCUCUAAUGCUGCCUUUCAAAUAAAUAAAAUAAAUCUUAAAAAAUAAA